AUGGUAACAAUGGAGUUGAACUCAUUGAACGCUGUUAAACAGAAAACCAAUUCAACUGAUUUAUAUGUUACUCAUCUAGAGGAUAGAUACCAUGCAGAAUCGAAAUCACUGAAUGAGAGUAUCAUUGGGAGGAUAGGUGUCGCAUAUCAGUCAGACGGUCAAACUUGUCGGGAUGAUAAUAUGCAAAGAAAAAAGGAAAACAUGAAAAAGAUUGCAAAAUGUGAACUGUUUAUAGCCCUAAAUUUCAUCUUCCGGAAAGUAAUUGGUCAUUUAUGGAAUGACCAAUUAAGGAAUCAGUAG